AUGUCGCGAACAACAGAAAACACUGCUAAAGCUAUUUCUGGUGAGAGAGACCCACAAGACCACAGCAAGUGGGUGCGCCACCGCCGGAGGCCGGAGCACCUCCCCUGCCCUCGCUGCGACUCCACCAACACCAAGUUCUGCUACUACAACAACUACAACUUUUCUCAGCCCGCCACUUCUGCAAGUCCUGCCGCCGCUACUGGACCCACGGCGGCACCCUCCGCGACAUCCCCGUCGGCGGCGGUAGCCGCAAGAACGCCAAACGCUCCCGCCCAACGACCACCACCUCUCCGCCGCAGCUCAGGACUACCACCACCACCACCACAUAUCGGCACCUGGGUUCUUGGCGCUGGGUGGGUUGGGCUUGGUCUUGGGUCUGGGUUUGAGGAAAUGGGAUUUGGGCUUGGAAGAGCUGUUUGGCCCAUUUCUUCGGUUGGGGAUGGUGGUGCUGUUGGCGCUGCUGGUGGUGCAAAUAUGAUUGGGAGUACGUGGCAGCUUGAGAGUGGUGAAGGUGGGUUUAUUACUGGUGAGGAUUGCUUUUCGUUGCCGGAUCUUGCUAUUUCCACACCAGGGAAUGGUCUUAAAUGA